UUGCCAGUCUUGAUUUAGUGGUAGGUUGUUUUCGAUUUCCGGUUAUGUUCGUUUGUUAGCCAAAUAUUUGAAUCUUUUUUUUGUUGUUGUUUGGGACAUUCAAUAACAUCCGAGUUAUGAGAUUGAACGACCUAUAUAUAGCGUUUUGUUAAUUAUUACAUAGCCAGCUUAUUAGAUAUAUAACUGGUUAAUAAGUAGGUCAUUCGAAGUAUAAACGGGUAGCGAUUAUUGGUCUGUCGUUAAGCUAGCUAGGCUAGCUAGGUUAGCCCAAACAGAUACCGAACUGAACAGAAAGUGCAAGCAAACAUGAGAAAUCACAGCCAACUCCGCCAGUGAACACUCAGGGGGAUGGUGUCGAGUGUUGUUGGUCAGUGUGUGUCUGUGAGCAGCGUGUCACCCAGGCAGUGUGAUUGACUAUGGCGGACAGACCUGACGACGAUGACGUUAUCGUCCUGGCCAGCUUCAACAUCCACCGCAGCCAAGGUCGUCGGGCACGCAGGAGGAACUUCAUCACCAUAUCAGAUGACUCUGACGAGGAGCCGGUUCCUCUGGACCCCAACAGUCCUGUCCUGGUUUCUGACAAACCUGACGAUGAUGAUGAUGUCAGCAUACUAGAGUCCCUGAAUCCUGCCCGGCGACGUGUGAUUCGUCCAGCAGCACUGUGGGGUGUGGCCUCUGAAGGCGAUGGACCAAUCAUAGAGCUAAAAGAGGUUGACGGUCAUCGGACUGCACCCCUUCCACCCACCUCACAGUACAGAGAAACCUCCGCCCCAUCCACCUCACAGUACAGAGACACCUCCGCCCCAUCCACUUCACAGUACAGAGACACCUCCGCCCCAUCCACUUCACAGUACAGAGACCGAGACGCCUCCGCCCCAUCCACCUCACAGUACAGAGACCGAGACGCCUCAGCCCCAUCCACCUCACAGUACAGAGACCGAGACGCCUCCGCCCCAUCCACCUCACAGUACAGAGACCGAGACACCUCCGCCCCAUCCACCUCACAGUACAGAGACACCUCCGCCCCAUCCACCUCACAGUACAGAGACCGAGACGCCUCCGCCCCAUCCACCUCACAGUACAGAGACCGAGACGCCUCCGCCCCAUCCACCUCACAGUACAGAGACACCUCCGCCCCAUCCACCUCACAGUACAGAGACCGAGACGCCUCCGCCCCAUCCACCUCACAGUACAGAGACCGAGACGCCUCCGCCCCAUCCACCUCACAGUACAGAGACCGAGACACCUCCGCCCCAUCCACCUCACAGUACAGAGACACCUCCGCCCCAUCCACCUCACAGUACAGAGACGGAGACGCCUCCGCCCCAUCCACCUCACAGUACAGAGACCGAGACGCCUCCGCCCCAUCCACCUCACAGUACAGAGACACCUCCGCCCCAUCCACCUCACAGUACAGAGACCGAGACGCCUCCGCCCCAUCCACCUCACAGUACAGAGACCGAGACGCCUCCGCCCCAUCCACCUCACAGUACAGAGACCGAGACACCUCCGCCCCAUCCACCUCACAGUACAAAGACCGAGACGCCUCCGCCCCAUCCACCUCACAGUACAGAGACACCUCCGCCCCAUCCACCUCACAGUACAGAGACACCUCCGCCCCAUCCACCUCACAGUACAGAGACGGAGACACCUCCGCCCCAUCCACCUCACAGUACAGAGACGGAGACACCUCCGCCCCAUCCACCUCAACCCAGACCAGACAUCAACCCUUCACCAGGCCUGUCUUGCAGGAGGUCAAGUUAGUUUUGCUCCCUCAGGUUCAGCCCCCUGCACCUCCUCAGCCCCAAGCCCGGCCCCGAUCCCCCCUACAGCAGCUCCACCCUGGACCCCUCAACCAGCCUCGGCCCCCCCUGCCCCCCCAGGCUCUCCUCCUAACCCAUGCCUUCCAGAUCCAACAACCCAGAUCCCUUCAUCCCCAACCUGUUCCCCAGGUCGCCCCCCAGCCCGUGCCUGCUCCCCAGCGGUGUCCUGCGGGCCCCUGUGGCGUCCCUGCCCCCGCCGUGCUGAUAGCUGCUGCCCCCGAGCGUCUGGGCCCCCCAGAGACCGGCCAUCGCAUCACCCUGGGCAGCCAGACUCUUGGGGGCCUUAACCCCCAGUCCGGAGCCCCGCUGCUGACACACGACCGCCCUCUGUCCCUGGGGCCACAGGUGGUAGUUGUGGUCAACCGGCCGGCCGCUCAACCUCCCCUCCCCAUCCCAGCUCUCGCUGUUCCCCUGAACCCUAACCCCAUGGUCCCAGCCCCUGUCGUCCCAGUCGUCCCCAGGACAGCGGAGGAGAGGGCAGGUCCCUCAGAUCAACAGGAAGUCCGGGGACCAGAGACACCUCAGCUGCAGCCCCACGUCAGAGCACUGGUCAGAGGAGUGGUGGAUCUGUUUCCUGAUGUCCAGGAGAACUAUGUAGCAGAACUGAUCCAGACCAAUGACCUGAAAGACCUCAAUGUUAUCUGUAACAUGUUGCUGGAGAACCCAGCCUUCCCUCAGAGAGAGAGUUCAGCCUCCGCGGCUCAGAGCAGCAUGCUACUGGAACCCUGCAACGACAACUCACAGUCUGCAGAGGACCUGUUUGACUACGGGUCGUUAGGUCAGGUGGGUGCUGAGGCGGCGAUGCAGGCAGCUGACCUCUUGAUGGGAGACUUCAGGAUGAUUUCCUGUCAGGACAUCAAAUGGAGCCUCAACGCCAUGAAGGGGCACUACGCAAUCACACGCAAGGCCUUAUGUGAAGCAGUGAAGCAGUUUCAAGACUCUGAGUCGUUAGAGAAGAGACGACGCAGGAGACAGACUGCAGAACGCUGCUAUAUAGACUUCAAGUAUCAGCAUGGUUCGGUGAAGUUGGAGAGGAGGAUGUACUUCCUGGAGAAGAACCGGCGCGGCUGCAGGACGUACGGAGCGGCUCUGGACCCCUCGCUGCAGAGGGAGAUCACCUUCUAUCAGCAGAAAGCCAAGGAGCAUGCUGAGCAUGAAGACUUCCUGCUGGCUCUGCAGGUUAAUGAGGAGGAGUAUGAGAAGGACGGACAGCUGAUAGAGUGUGGGUGUUGCUGUGGGGACUUUGCCUUCGAGAAGAUGACCCAGUGUUCUGAUGGACAUCUCUUCUGUAAAGAAUGUCUGGUUAAAUAUGCCGAGGAGGCCGUGUUCGGGUCGGGACAGUCCUCUCUCAGCUGUAUGGAAGCAGGCUGUCCCUGUUCCUUCCCGGUGUGCGAGUUGGAAAAGGUGUUGCCGGACACGGUGUUGUGUAAAUACUACGAGAGACAGGCUGAAGAGGCCGUGGCCGCGACCUGCGCCGACGAACUAGUACGUUGUCCGUCCUGUAACUUCCCAGCGUUGUUGGAUAAAGGUGUGUCGCUGUUCAGCUGUCCCAACCCUCGCUGUCGGAAGGAGAGCUGCAGGAAGUGCCGUGUCCAGUGGAAGGAGCAUGCUGGGAAGUCAUGUGACCAGGUCAUGGAACGAGAUGAGAUACGCAUGAGGGUGGCCUUUGAGGAGCGAAUGACAGCAGCUCGGGUCAGGAAGUGCGUGAAGUGUGGAACAGGUCUGGUGAAGUCUGAGGGAUGUAACAGGAUGUGGUGUCGUUGUGGAAGCUACAUGUGUUACCUGUGCCGAGAGCCAAUCAGUGGAUACAACCACUUCUGUCAGCACGCCCGUUCCCCUGGCGCUCCCUGUAGGCACUGCCGCAAGUGCUCUCUCUGGACAGACCCCACGCAAGAUGACGAGCGCAUCAUUCAGGAGAUUCAGAAAGAGGGCGAGAAAGAGCUCAACAAGAAGAACGCAGAGACUUCAGGGAAGAGAGUGGGCCCGCCCCCGGAACCUGUGGUGGUUGCUAAGCGACCUCGAGCAGCCCCCCCUCCGCAGGCGGUGCGAGCGCCCUUAUUGGUCCCUCCUCGUGUCAUUCUGCCUCAUCGCCAGCCCUUGCCCCCCGCCCCCUACGUGCCCCCGCUCCUCCACCUGCCCCCCCUCAACUACCACCCUCCCCUCAACCAGGUCAACAACAACCUGAACAAUAUAGACGUCAACAUGCCCAUGCACUAUGGACCCCCCCCUCGCUACUACAGACACCUAUAACCCUCCUCCUCUACUACAGACACCUAUAACCCUCCUCCUCCUCUACUACAGACACCUAUAACCCUCCUCCUCCUCUACUACAGACAUCUAUAACCCUCC